CGAUCACGACGGCACGCCCUGUGAAGGACGGGAAGGACAAGGGCGGGAAAAAGGGGCCCCCCGACGCGGGCCCGUGCCUGCUGCCCAAGCCGAAAGACGCUGAGGCUCUCGGGAAUCUGACGGCGAUUCUCGCCGCGCGGCUGAACGGAUCCGAAAUGCUUGGGGCGACGGGCGACGUCAACGCCACUGGGCGAGUCUGCCUCGCCGUCUUCGAGUUAGACGGCGACUACAACGUUUUCUACAGCGUCGUCACCUCCGCCUCCGACGAAGCCGAGCCGUACGCCCCUUCGAUCUAUCAAGGCGCGGCGGGAGAGGCGGGAACCGCCGUUCAUAAUACUGUCGCGGCAGGGGAAACCGCCACGUGGGUAAAUCUUACUCGUCCGCCGCCUCCCCCGCCCAAGGGCAAGAAGAACAAGGGCACACCGCCCGCCCCGCCUCCUCCGAAGUACACUUAUGCCACUAACGGGACGUGGCUUAAAGCGAGUACAUUGUCCACGAUCGGCGGGCAGACACUGAAGGAGCUGGUGGAUGCGAUUAUUGCGACGCCGGACGGGUACUACGCGACAUUCGCGACUACUGAUUUUGAGUCGGGUGCGGCGCGGGGGCAGUUUCAGUCGGACCCGCUUCCGCCACCGCCGAAGGGCAAGAAGAGCGGGAAGGAUGGAGGGAAGAAGGGUGGUGGGAAGACUGAUGGCGAUCGGUUCGGCACUCUUGUGGGUGCGGUCGCAGCGCGGGUCAACGGCUCAAGCGUUGACCUCCAAGCUGACGUCAACGCCACGGGCUGCGUUGACCUCGUCAUCUUCUUAAACGCCACAACCAACGACUACGACAUUUAUUACCACGUCCGCGUCAAUCUGAACGACUCUGGGGAGCCCACUGGUGUCAUCAUCAAGAAAGGCGCUGACGUGGCACUCACCGUGACCACCAGCGACGCCAAGUGGACCAAUCGCACGCUCUCAGUCGCCGAGCGCGCCAAGCUGGGCAGGAAACUGUCUCCCAAGGGCAGGAAGGGCAAGCAGCCGCCUCCCCCUCCCCCUCCCCUCGGCUACAACUACGAAACCACCGGCACUUGGCUAAGCGUCAGUACCUUGACCGCGGAUAACGGGCAGACGUACAAGGAGCUGGCGGAUGCCAUGCUGACUGCGCCUGACGCUUACUCUGCUCUUGUCUACACCACGACGUACGAGAACGGUGCUGCGAGCGGAGCGUUCGCGAAUGUCACCACAGGUGGUGGUGGUCGUGCUGGCAAAUUGUCCGUCAAAUUGGCCGUUCGGACUUACCUGAGAGGCCAUUGA